AUGGACAAACCGGAGAGAGAGGAGAUCGGGAAGAUCAUCAAUAACCUCGAGUCCACUAUUGAACUACUCCGGUUCAGCCCCAGAUUUCCUAUUUCAGAUGAUUUGAAGGUUGGAUUUUUCAGCACAGACCACGCUACUCAAACAGAUACUAGUGAAAUUUUCCCUUUAAAAGAGUUGAGUUCAUCAACACAAAAACUAGUACAGAUUGUUAAAUCCCUACAGGUGGAAUUCGGGUUCCUCAAACAAUCAUUUCAAUUGAAGUUCGAAGAUCGACUUAAACAGGAAUCUUUCAGUCUCUUCACUGUUCUACAGGAUAGGAUCCAAUCGAUUGAAAAACAUUAUCAAGAGAAUGAGGAUAUCAUAAGAAAAUGCUACAACCAGCAGCUAGCGGAUGCCAUAGCUGUUAUCCACGGAAUGUACAAGCCUCAGAAACUAUCCAAGGGGGAAGAGGCUGGUUGGUCCCCAAUGCUCUCAGCAACCAAGCUGAUGUCCAAGAGUGACAUCAUUUCAAGACCACCCUCUUCCAUCACCACUCCUGCCAUCACCACUCCUGCCAUUGCGUCUUCUGCCAUCACCCCACCCGCCAUCACCGUUUCUGCCGUCACCACACCUGUCAUCGCCACUUCUGCCACCACCACUCCUGUGUUCAUUAAGAGCAAAAGAGCUAGGACUCCAAAGAAGCGGUUACUAAGGCAAGAGCAGCGACCUGUGGCUGAAGAACACAGUGCUUUGAAGAAGCAAGUAGAAACAUUAAAAGCUAAGUUAGAUAAUGAGAAAAAGAAGGCAGAAAGGAAUACUGAAAAUAAGAAGUGCUCAAAUGGGCAGAGACCAGCCUUCCUUGAAGCGUGGCAUAACUGGCAGAGCUACUGA